CCGGCCUUUAUAAAAUUCAUUAGGUAACACUUAAAUUAAGAAUAACACUCCUUUAGUAAGUGCAAAAAAAUCUUCUAUCGAAACACCGAACACUUAGUAUGAAAACAGAAUAUUUUAACCUUACAAAGCCUUUAAUAAUCAAAUUAAGAAUACAUAGUGAUAUACUUUGCACUUCCUUGACACCCGUGUGUAUUUUGCUUCUUGGGAAAAAUGGCUGCGUCUAUCCACAGACACUUAACCCACUACCUAUAACAGCUAUAAUUGAUAUUUUUCGUACUCUGCUACUCAAUAUACACGUACGUACAUAUAACCAGCCAAAUCAAAGCCAAAUACAAAAUCAGGAGUUAGAAACACGGGGACAAGCCCAUGAUAAAGAGUUAUAAAAGCCCAUAUAAGUCCAGCCCAUCCAGGUUUUACCGUCCCUCUCGACCGUAUACAUAACUACUGCAGGAGCACACUUUUUGACCUAAAUCCCCGAUCGACAAACCCCUGGUUCCUCUCUCUGCCGACCGACGGCUCCACCAACAAUCGAUCGAUCCCUACCAUAGAAAGAGGUAAUUCGUCUUUUCCUUUUCGAUUCCCUGCUUCGUUUGCUUUCUCCUCGCUGCACUAUCCCUCUUCAAUCUCAGAUCAAAAAUCUCACAAUGGAAGACAUGGACAUUGACAUCGUCUGUGACGACGGUUCCCCAGGAUCAGCAGCAUCAAGGACAGCAACGCCUGCGCCCAAUGACAAUGACUAUCUGAUAGUAAUUCCUUAUGCCCACAUAUUCGCCCUGAUGCUGCAAGCUCUAAAGUUACCCCCUGCAACUUAUUAUCACAAGAUAUGCCCAGGCGGAAAGAAUCGUGUGACAGUUACUUUCAUUUCUUCUUUGGAAUUGCUCGAUGGUGCACUUGUUCCAAGUUCUCUGUCAGGUGCAAUCUUAGAUAGCUAUGAAGAUGCUGAAGACAGUGCUGCUAUUGAAGCUAUUAGAUACAUGGAAAAUGCAUAUGGCAAAGAAAUGAGGGACUACCACUACACUCAUGUCAAGAAGCUUGAAAAUCAAGUGAAGCACCUGGUCAAAUGGUUGGUUGCAUCAAAUAAAACAAUCAAGAAGCUGCGCAAAACCUGCUACUACGCUGUCAGGUAUAUGAGCUCAUAUUCUGUGCAAAUAGAAAACACAACGACUGCUCGGCAUUUGAAAGGGCGGGAUAGCACCAAGGGAGUUAUGAAAACAGCGCUGGCAAGCAUUGAAGGACUGACGCAGAGGCUACGCUACAUUGCUAUGAAGUUUGAGCAGCGCCUCGAAGCAACCAGAAAUAGUUUCUGGUGAGCUUUGGUCAAUGUGUCCUGAACAUCAUGCUUAUGUGCUUACUAAAUCAGGCACCUUUUGUUUCGUAUCGAUCAGACAAGGAUCUUUCGCAUUUUGGCGUACUCCAAGCAAGAUAUGUGUAUGCUUUAGUCUUAACUUGCUGCCCCUAUGCUGAAAAGUAGUGUAUGAUAUAGUCUACGAUCUUCAAACUUUGUUGUUAUCUCUGUACUCAGAAGCGGGUUAUCAUCGCUUACUGCAUAUAUGUGAAUGCCUCUUCUUCUGCUA